GAUAGGAUGAGUCCACGGUGGUGGCGCUGAGGCCGGCCUGCCGUGGUGGACACCAGGGCCCCAGCCACGCCGCUGCCAUGGGCCUGGGCGCCAGCGCCGAACAGCCCGCCGGCGGCGCCGAAGGCUUCCACCUGCACGGGGUCCAGGAGAACUCCCCAGCCCAGCAGGCAGGCCUGGAGCCCUACUUUGACUUCAUCAUCACCAUCGGGCACUCGAGGCUGAACAAAGAGAAUGACACGCUGAAGGCCCUGCUGAAGGCCAACGUGGAGAAGCCCGUGAAGCUGGAGGUGUACAACAUGAAGACCAUGAAGGUGCGCGAGGUGGAGGUGGUGCCCAGCAACAUGUGGGGCGGCCAGGGCCUGCUGGGCGCCAGCGUGCGCUUCUGCAGCUUCCGCAGGGCCAGCGAGCACGUGUGGCACGUGCUGGAUGUAGAGCCGUCCUCUCCUGCUGCCCUUGCUGGCCUGCUGCCCUACACAGACUACGUGGUCGGCUCAGACCAGGUCCUCCAGGAGUCUGAGGACUUCUUCACGCUCAUCGAGUCCCACGAGGGGAAGCCCCUGAAGCUGAUGGUGUAUAACUCCGAGUCGGACUCCUGCCGGGAGGUGACCGUAACUCCCAACGCAGCAUGGGGUGGAGAGGGCAGUCUGGGAUGUGGCAUUGGCUACGGGUACCUACACCGGAUCCCAACCCAGAACCCCAGCCACAAGAAGCCACCUGGUGCCCCACCGCCUGGCACUCUGCCACCUGAUGCCCUGCCACCUGAUGCCCCGGCACCUGGACCCACUCUCCAGGACUUUCCUGGCUCUUCGGGCCCAGAGAUGGGUUCCAGGCAGAGUGACUACACGGAGGCCCUGCUACAGGCACCUGGCUCCUCCGUGGGGGAACAGCUUCCUGGGCCUGGGAGUCCCAGCCAUACCGCUCUAGACCUUGGAGGACUUCUUCCUCCUGUGGAAACCCCCCUUCAGCCUCCACCUCCAGUGCAGCGCGUCAUGGACCCAGGCUUUCUGGACGUGUCGGGCAUUUCCCUCUUGGACAGCAGCAAUGGCGGUGUGUGGCCCGGCCUGCCCCCUCCCACAGUGCCCCCCUGCACAGCUGUCUCCAGCUCAGGGCCAGAGGAUGUGUGCUCCAGCAGCAGUUCCCACGAGCGGGGCGGUGAGGCCACGUGGUCUGGGUCCGAGUUUGAAGUCUCCUUCUUGGACAGCCCCGGUGCCCAGGCCCAGCUGGACCACCUGCCUCAGCUGACCCUUCCCGACAGCCUGACGUCUGCAGCCUCACCCGAGGACGGGCUGUCUGCUGAGCUGCUCGAGGCUCAGGCCGAGGAGGAGCCAGCAAACACGGACAGCACGGAUUUGAGGCCAGAGGCCGAGGGGCCAGCCAGCCAGGGCCCCCUCUCUACCCCAGAACCACACUCUGGGCUGUGACGAGGCUCCGUGAUGUCCCAGGGCCCGGUGGCUGGGCUCUGCUAGGCGGCCUGCUGUGCUGUGGGUGUCUGACCUCAUCCCUGUGCCUUCACCUUCCCGGGCUGCAGCUCCAGGUGGCCUGAGGGACACCAGCCGGCAGCGGGCUUUCGCGCUGCUCAGACCCCCUCCUGCCCUACAGCCUGUGUGCCACCUGGUGGUCCCGGCUUUGGGGGUUCCAGCAAGUCCUCUUGGGGGUGGUCGAGGGCUAGGAGCAGCACCCCGCGUUAAAUGGUUCGCAGGCGCUCAGCAGACGACGAUGGCUUGUUUGUUGCUUGGGUGGGGCAAAGGCCCCUGUGGGAGGUGAGAGGCCAAGGGCUUGGAGGGAGGGCAUCUCUUGGCCCUCGCCUUCUCAGGUCCAGGACUUGCUGUGGUCCCCGUGCCUGCCCAGGAGGUGGCAGGCUCUGGUCACAAGCCAGUGUGAAAAUGGGGUGAGGGAGGAAGGGGAUAGUGUUGGUGUUGGCUCAGUCACUUCCUAGGCUCACCUAGAUUCUGCUUUCACUGUCCAGUUGUCCUCACUGGAGGAGGGACAGUGUGCUCACCCUCCAGGCCCUUCAGCACAGACCCACAUUGUUGUGGGUCUUAGGUCACAAUGUUGCUCUUCCCUGGGGGCUGCAAGCCAGUCCCCACAGCAACUCCUGUCAAUGCCCAAUCUUAUACAACCACCCCUUCUAACUGCAGGAGGCAUCCAGCCAGCCCCACUGGUCAAUCAGCAUCGCAGAUUUACACCCACUGACCUCACCGACCUAUGUGAACUCGAGGCCAGGCUACGGGACUAGGUCUUUUCACACAACCCCCACCCAGAGGGGAGUUAGGGGCCUAGAGUGUAUAAGAGCCCAUCUGUUCCCAAAGCUCAGGGAGAGCUGUCGUCCCAUGCCCUGGUGCCUUUGGAAGCUAAGGCUGAGUUGUGUCCCCUGCUGUCUGUCCCUGUGGAAAGGAGGGGCCCACCCACGAAUGACCCCUCACAACUCCAGUGCUCUGCUUGGUGGCCAGAGGCCCUCGCCUUCCCACACCAACCACUCCCUUGCCAGUGGCCGUGAAAACUGCUCUGGUGUUGGUGACGUGUGCUUCUGCCUGGCCGGCAGGAGCAGACUGUGCUCUGGGGUGCAGACCAGCUGAGCGGAGGGAGGCCCCAGGUCAGCACUGGGAAGUUUCAAGCACGUGACUUCCUUUAAAGCCAGCCCUGUCAGGCCUACCAGUGCAGCUGUGAAGGCAGUGGGGCAGCGACACAAAGGACCCCAGGCUCAUGUCCCUUAACUCUGGCCUGGCAGCCUGACCCAGAGUUACCCCUACCCAAAGGUUCUGGCUCAUGCCUCACUUUGAAGCCCCCUACUCCCCAAACCGGGAGAUAAAGUGGGCAUCGAGGCUAAUGACUUCCAGGGUGCACAGGAAUCCAGAGGUUUCUUUCUCUAAUCUGCUAUGAAGAAAGUGACAGGUGAAAAAAAUAAAUAUGUACUCUGCUUUGAAAUAUUUUAACUAAAGCUUUUAUUCUAUACAACUGUGAAAUAACGGUUUUAUACCCUUUUGGCGUGGCAGACUCAAAUUUUCCGGAAAUGGUAUUACGGUCUGACUGGAGGGGCAGAAUAGCUACGGUCAUGCUGGGGGUCAGGUCCGUGACGGAGCAUGGCCGCCCUGGGCCCGGCACACAGGGCAGAGUGGCCCGGAAACAGCUAUGCCUUUCGCGCCAAGGCCCCGUGUGCAGACGCAACUGAGGGCUGGUCAUUACUAUCUUUUUUUUGCCAUUAAUUCACAACUAUUGCUAAAAAAAAAGGUGCACCAAAAGCACACUGUUGUAUUCAACAAAUAGCAAGGACUCGAGGAAGGGAGAAAGACCGUUUCAGCUCACUGGCGACGUGACUGCUCACAUCUUCAAAGUGCAGGAGGCAGUGACCUGCCCACUUUCCAAAGGAAGCUGCCCAGUGCGGAGGGAACCCUGUCUGCAGUUGUGCGGAUCAGAGUAUCUCAACAGUAAGGGGUGGACCUGAGCCCAUGAGCUGCCCCCGGUGGACCCUGCGAAGAUGUAGAAAACACCUGCCCUCCACCCCCACCCCAGUCCCAGGCCGGACAAGCUGGGAGCUGGCGAGGCGACGGAGGUGAACUGCCCGCCGAAGGCACUUGUGCUUCUGGCUACUUUCAGGACCAUCGAACUAUUCUGAAUACAAAGAACUUGAGGAGAAUCCAGAGAAUUUCCUGCCAAAAGUCCAAGUGUUUAUCCCCAAUAAGUUAUAUUCUGUACAAGAUCCAAAUGAUCCUAUGAAAGCUUUAGAUUGUUAGAAAGAACAGUGAAAAGAAGAUCUGGAUACAGAUAACAAGAAUCUGCAUACAAAACUUUGGAAAAACAAACAUGUAUACUUCCAGGAUACGACAUUCAAACUCUCUGCUCUCCCUCUACUUUGACACCAUACGUUCUAGGUAGCAUUUGAAUCAAAUUAUAAUUUCAUCAUGGUCUUAAGUUCUGAUGGUGUCCUACUGCUCGCCCACAGCAAAAACCUGUAGUCUCAGCUGGCUCGACCCGUGAAUACAACUGUACGCAGGAGGAGGGAGGGAAACAGGUACCUCCCCUGGGCUGCUGCAGCAACGCAGCCCCCCACCCCAC